AUGGCGAGCUCUAAGCCCAAGAAGGGCUUCUCCAUGUCCUUGGGCAAGCCUAAGCAAUCCUCCUCCUCUGCUACGUCGGCCAAGGGACCAGAUCGCGCCACCAGCGGCGGCAGCAAGUCUUCCACUUCGGCGAUAGGCGUAGCCCACGAUGACGAGGACGCAGGGGGGAGGGGAGGCAAGCGGGACUACGUGACAGGAAUCGGCGGGGGCAAGGUCGUCACGAAAGAGGUCGUCGUGGACAGAGGCCCCCGCGUUAUCGCCCUCGCUUCCAACCCCUGGGCUAACGGCAGCAACGCCGCUGCUGCUGCUACCGGGUCUGUUCCUCCGCCCGCAGCAACGGCAGCCGAACGCCCACCCACGGCAGAAGAGCCGGCAGGCGAGAAAUCUCUCGAUCAGCUAGCGGCUGAAGCCAUCGCCAAGGAAUCCGUCCGCGGCGACGGGUCUAGCGCCGACGCCUUUGGGCUAGGCCUCGACUCCGACAGAGUAAUCGGCAUGAUCGGCAAGAACCCUGCCGCUGGCGAAGGCGACAGCAGCAACGGCGCUGCAACGGCGAAGACAACACCCGACGCCGCCGGCAGCAAAAGGAACACUGGCCUGCUGGAGCAGAACAUGAUCCCCGGGCUGAUGGAGGUGGACGGGGAGGACGCCAAGUUUAGGCACGACCUAGGGCAUCGCGCGGAGGACUUCAGCGCUCGCAGCAAGGCCUACGUCGACGUUCCGGUCGCAGAGUUCGGCGCGGCGCUGCUCCGGGGGAUGGGGUGGAAGGGGCCAGAAGGAGACGGCGGCGGCGGCGGAGUCGGCGGAGGCGGGCCGGAUCUGUCCAAGGAUAUUGAACCUAGGCAUCACAGGCUUGGGUUGGGGGCGCAGCCGAAGCCCCCAGAGGAGAUGAAACGGCCGCGGACAAAGAAGCCUGGAGAGAAGCCGAGGUCAUCGGACGCGGAACGCCUCAAGAUUUGGGAGAAAAAGGUUCAGGAGGAGCGCUUGCGGGCAUCACGGCCAAGUGCGGCUGCGCAGCUAGCCGUCAUGGACGUAGUGGAGUUGUCGGAAGGAGGGGGAGAGAGGGGCAGGCGCCGGCCUCGAGCGAUGGUGCUCAAGACGCAGGGGGUGCCCGGGCUGAACAAGAUAUCCGUGAGGAUGGAAGACACAGGCGAGAAGGUUCUCGUGGACAAGUCGACCGCGACGCGCGUUUCCGAGGACGAGUUGGCGCGAAGGCCGUUCUCCGAAAACAAGGACCGUUCUUCCCGCAGCAGCAGUGGCGGCGGGAAGAGGGGCCGGAGUCGGAGUCGGAGCCGGAGCCGGAGCAGCGGUAGCGUCGAGAGGGAAGACGGCCGUCGAGAGCGAAGAGACAAAAAGGACAAGAAGAAGCACAAGAAAAGCGGGGGCAGCAGCAGCAGCAGCAAGCGAGAGCGGAGCAGCGACGGCCGGAGAUCCUCCCCGUCACCCCGCCGCCGCCGCUCCGACGAGGAAAACGACCGACACCGCCGACGCGACGGCCGAAGAGACGACGAUGACGGGGGGAGGGGACGCCGGGAUGACAUCCCCGCUAAGAAAAGCCGCCGCGAUGAUGGGGACAGUGAGAGAGGCCGAUACAGCAACGGUAACGCCGGCAAUGGCGGUCAGCAGUCCGGGCCGCCGGCCUGGCUGCGAGCCAACAUUCGGGUGCGAGUCAUCCACAAGUCGUACGGCGGGGGGCGGGCGUAUCUGGGGAAGGGGAGGGUGGUGGAUGUGCCGCGUGCCGGGCAGGCGACCGUUCGAAUGGACCUCGGCGAGCUUGUUCUCGAAGGCGUGAAAGAACGACACCUAGAGACGGUGCUGCCUGCUAGAGGCGGCAAGGUUAUCGUCGUCCGCGGUGCGGAGAAGGGGGCCACGGGGAAGCUGCUCGCCAAGAAUAAGGAGAAGGAGACGGCCCUUGUGCAGGUCUACGAAGAUCUGCGAGCGGUAACACUGUCACUCGACGAUGUCGCAGAGUUCACCGGCAUGCUCGACGAAGACAUGGAAGACGUCGGUUACUGAGCCAAACCUUUGCCACAGAAUUCAGGCACCGGAUGGAUCUGGAGAGGUUGACAGGCUGUCCCUCGUCUGUGUUGGUUCCGGCAUUUUUGAACAGUUGAGAUCCCGUGGGUUAACUGGUAGCCGUAGCCGGCCCUUUACUCGUUGGGUCACGCUGUCUCUUUGUCGCUUCUGAGAGUUCGGUUCUAGGAAUGGGAGCGCAGAAUGAGAGGUUCAACAUGUGGCGGCGCCUAGCAUCGGGCGGUUCCCCCUGGGCGUUAGCUCAUUGCGUGCCUGCAACAUCCUGAAUUUUUCCACGGUUGUCCGCUGGGCUUCCUGCGCCAAAGUUGAGGAAAUUUUGACCUCGUCUUGUCGGCACAUUCCUUCGUCAUCCGGAACACGAAAGGUGUACAGGUUUGCGAAAACAUUGCAGAUCGACCCGACCUCAACAAGAAUGUGCAUCGACGACACAAGCACAGGCUUCCAUACCAAGCCGGGCACACAGGACAGCGAGUGCGAAGGGGGUGCUUGAUCUUCCACCGACAGUUGUUCUUGAAACCGCGCAGGGUUUAGCACGGCUUGGCAGAGUCGAGGCCGGGGGUUUCAAGCGUUCUGUUUUCCUAUUUUCACUCUUGGAACAGCUUUGGCAGCUCAAGAAAAAGGGCUUCAGCCGAGGCCGCCCCGGGCUAAUAUUUUGCCAACAUCCACUGUUGGAACAACACCGACAGGUCCCAUCCACUCCAAAUUAGGUACCACGACAUUGCAGUCACAUCGCUUGUGGACUUGGGCAAGCAGCCCGUGCGUCACGGCUGGCUGCGAAUUUGCUGCACCUCGAGUAUACCCUUUGAUGCCACGGUGGAAACUAUCAAUUGGAAGCUUCAACGGAUAGACAAGCCCAAAUAUUGUUGUGCACUUAUUUUUUCACGAUGACAGCACGAUCCCCCUCUCUUUCUAUCCAUCUCUCUUGAAAUGUUUAUUGGCGGUCAACUCCAACUGCGACCGGCUGAAUAGGUGUUUUCAAGCCUGCCUGGUUGUUCCAAUUCCCCCACCGUUCAGGAGCCCCUCCCCCAGUGCUCGCCAAAAGCAAAUAACGCCCAAAGCCGUUGGCACCGUACAUACUAAUGCAGCACCGGUGCCAAAGGCAAUUGUUAGCUCACGGGAUGCGCCGCCGGAGUCGCUUACCACGAUUCCAUUGCCCAUUGUUGCCGUAAAAUAGCGUCCCGGGGCCUUCGGGCAACGCCAUACAAAGGACCAACACGACAAAUGCUGACAAUUCCAUACAAUUUGACGAUGCUAUGCUAGAGGAGGAAAAUAGGCGGAUCUUCCUUUGGCUCUCAACGCCAAAAAACCUUUUCGCAAAUGUCUCGGGGGGAGACGCAGAUGAGAUACUCUCGUAAUAGCACGUAGGCCCGUUCCUUCCGGAGAGAGUGGAAACCAACCGAAACACGCCCCAGUGUUGAAUAUAUGAUGUGAACGGAAAAGGGCUACCAGUCCUGCUACGAACUGCUACGAACUAAUAUCGAGCGGAGACCCCAAGCGCAGCAGCGGCGGCUGCAAACUCAACGUCAUGGGCGCGAGCUCCAACACCAGCCCUCUUGCCCAAACCAGACAACGUUGACACUCAGGCGACAUGCAGCUCUGAGACCGCCACACAACCGAAACAUUUGGUAAACAUCAAUACAUAUAUAUCUCUCUGACGCAGGGGGUGCGAAGGAGUAUCUUUUAUGACGCCCAAGAGACCUUCCCGCCCCUUCCCUCCCACAACACCUACAUACACCUACAUAGACUUUUCACUUCGCCGAAUCACGUCCCGAGCAACCAACGAAUGUUAACCUGAAAUGCACCCCAAUCCCCGAUGCUUGUCCCUUCUGAGACGCGAAGAAUGCUCCUCUCUAGACCACCAAGAAUUGGGGCACAACGGCUACGACGACAACAAGGCCUGCCUCCAGGGGCAUCCCUUAAUUAACCCUCAACUUCACCCCGGAAACCACUUUGCACAACCGGCGUAAUUAAAACAGCACUGACGAUGUCGUGCUAUUCCUCCAACAAGACACGUCAGGCCGAAGCCAACGACCAGUUCCCC